UCGGCAGCAGGGACCUUCUACGUUGGACUACGACCCGUAAGUUUCCACCGUGCAUCUGUUACGGCCGUCCCCAUUUUCUUCCGGUGUCGUGUGGAGGUUCGUAGUGACAAGUCGGCCUAGAAAAACCUCUCAUCGCCCCGUUUCGUCGUACGCCAAGGGAUUUUAGGGAAAUUAUAAUGUUCAUUUGGGACUGGUUCACAGGAGUUCUGGGCUACUUGGGCUUAUGGAAAAAAUCGGGGAAAUUAUUGUUCCUCGGUCUUGACAAUGCCGGUAAAACUACACUUCUACAUAGACUGAAGGAUGACAGGCUUGCCCAGCACGUGCCAACACUUCACCCAACAUCAGAAGAAUUGUCCAUUGGAAAUAUUAGAUUCACUACUUUUGACCUUGGUGGCCAUACUCAAGCAAGGAGAGUCUGGAAAGACUAUUUUCCAGCUGUCGAUGCCAUUGUGUUUUUGGUGGACGCUUGCGACAGAGUCCGUCUCCCAGAGAGCAAAGCAGAGCUUAAUGCCCUGCUAACUGAUGAAUCGCUUAUGAAUUGUCCUGUACUCGUUCUUGGAAAUAAAAUCGACCUCCCUGGGGCAGCAUCGGAAGACGAGCUGAGAAACUUUCUCAACCUUUUCGGACAGACAACUGGCAAGAGCAAAGUUCCACGAAGUGAAUUGCCCGGACGUCCUUUAGAAUUAUUUAUGUGCUCUGUGCUCAAAAGGCAAGGUUAUGGCGAAGGUUUCCGUUGGCUAGCACAGUAUAUCGACUGAUCAAUUCCAACCUACCCAUCGUUUACAAUUGCAGUUUUUGCAAAAGGCAACAUCCGAUCGGCAUCUAAUAAAAAGGGCCCUCCAACAUUAAAUCAUUGUCGUAUUCAUCUUACUGGUCUGCUGCCUUAACAACAUCAGCCACUAUCCUCUAUCAAAAGUGAUGAUCAAUAUUCAAUUAAAGUCUCCCGAGACUGCCUGUAAUACUCACACACACAAAAUAAUACGGACUUGUUGAAUUUUGUGUUUCUAAAUGAAAUUACAGGAUUUAAAACAAACAUAGUUCAAAAUAUGUGUCUUUUUUGUAUUGUCAUUGCAGAUGCUAAAUAGAAACCAGUGAUUGUUUUUGACCUGUUA